AAUCGCUAAUACUUGCGCCACUGAAUCGACCCUGGUCUACGAACUAUCCUUUCUUUCGUCCGGAAGAAAGGGUACAGAUGAUUACUUGCAGUUGCAGGAGCUUCAGCAGAGUUGAUCGUGUUUGGAAAGCUGCAAAUACGUAUGUUCUGUCUAGGCCCUUAGACUCCUUUCAGAGGUGCAAUACCUUUUCUGGGUUGACUUAUUAUACUAGGAAGAUGGGUGGGCGAAAUGAUGGAAGAAAUGUUAUGGACCCGCAUAAGAAGCGGAAAGGAGUGACUGCUGUGUGGAGGCCAGUCUCUACUCAAUCAAUUCCUUUUGAAGGAUGCUCAGCAAAGGAUGUGAAUAUCGAGACGGGAGCUCAUUAUGGUGAAAAGUUAGAAGUUGGUGCUCAAGUUCAAAAAUUGGAUUGUUGCAGUUCUACUCCUGUGCCGAAUGUUAAAGUUUUAAAGACUGAAGGUGAAACAAUACAUGAACUUGUUGAAUCAUUGACUUCUAAGUUGUGUUAUGAUCAGGAUGUAGCUCCAGAGGAAGACACAGCAACACCUUCUACAACUGUAAAGGUGGAGCUUGUAGCUCUGGAGGAAGACAAUACAACGCCUUCUGCAAAUGUAAGAGUAGAGUCAUUGUACCCGAGUCUGUUUAAUCCUCAUGAUACAGAACCUGGUGAGACUACAAACAAAGAACAAGUUAAAGAGGACAGAGCUCUCAAGUCAGAUUUAGAAGAGAGUAUUAAUUUGGUGGAGAGUGAAAGGCAUUCAGUUACAGUUGAGGUAAGUUCAUUAAGUUGUGCAGAGUUUACAUUUCCCUUUUUUUUUUUUUCUCUUGUUGUGUCUUCUAUGUGUGAAAUGCAGGCAAUUAAGAGCCCAAGUCUUGAUUACUCUCACUUUGUGUCACUUCCGUUGGCUAUUCAUCCUGUACUGGUAGAUAAGCUUAUUAAUUUUCAGAACUCUGUGCUGGGAAAUUGCAGUACUAAACAAGACGAAAAUCUGAAGAGUGAUUCAAAUGGGGAUACUUCAGAAGACGGAGAAGAUAAGGAUGAUCCAUUAGAUGCAGGACGCGAUGUUGCUAUUAAUCUUAAAGUUGAAGAUGCUAGUGAACAUGUUAAAGUGCAGAUAAAUAAAAUUCCUUUCGUUAGUUAUCCGCCUAAAGCAUCAAAAUCUUCUAUCUUAACUGAUUCAGGAAUCGACAAAUCCAUAUUUAUUAAGCCAAAAACAUUUCACCUAACUGUACUAAUGCUGAAAUUGUGGAACAAGGAGCGUGUUGCUGCAGCUAGUGAAGUUUUGCAGAGAGUCUCUCCUAAAGUAUUGGAUGCCUUGGAUGGCCGGCCCAUUUCUGUGAGGCUUAAAGGGCUGGAGUGUAUGAGGGGUUCACCGGCAAAGGCUCGAGUUCUAUAUGCUCCAGUUGAAGAAAUUGGAGGCGAAGACCGCCUCCUCCGUGCUUGUCAAGUCAUUAUUGAUGCCUAUGUUGAAGCUGAUCUUGUUCUUGAGAAGGAUGCGCAGCAGAAGUUAAAGUUGCAUGCUACAGUGAUGAAUGCAAGACAUAGGAAAAGGAAGACAAGGACAAAAAAGUUUGAUUCAUUCGAUGCACGGGGCAUUGUCAAACAACAUGGGUCUGAGGAAUGGGGGGAGUAUCUUAUCCGUGAAGCACAUCUGUCGCAAAGGUUUGUGUUUGAUGAAAAUGGAUAUUAUCACUGCUGUGCUUCAAUUCCCUUUCCUGAGAACAUGCAAAUAGAAUGAUUUUCCACCUUGGAAGGAAUCUGGAGGUUCUGUUUUUCAUUCAGUAUGUAGAAAACCAGAGAAGGGUUUAUCUGGAUUUUUUUAAUAAACAUUUUAUGUUUAUGUGCAUUGUUUA